AUGGCAGAGGGCAGCGGCGAGGCUAAUGCUAAUCGUACGGGUACUGCGGUGCCUAAGAAGGGGAAGAGCAGGUGCGCAUUUGGGGGUGAGCACGCGCCGGGUGUCAAACACAAGGUUGAGGUCGUGGCGGGCGCGAUCGUAGGCGUAAGGGAAGCGAAGGCCCCCGCGGACGGCGAGCACAUCAGGAGCGUAUGGACCGCGCGGCGACUUAUGGCUUCGCGUAUGCACUUGCCGAUGCCAGAUGACGCGGAUGGGAGCGGGAACCAAGGUCAUGUUGCGAGUGCGCUGAUGGUGGAGAUGCUCUUCCUCCACCCGCUCUUCGUCGGCUCAUCUUCGCCUGCGCCUCUCCUCGUCCCGCCCGAGUCCCCCGCCCUCCUUUCUUCCCUCCUCCUCCUCCUCCCCCCCUUCCGCCCUCAAAAUCACGCCCUCACGCGUCGCCCGCGCCGUCCCCGCGACCUGUCGCUCGUGCUUGGCGAGCCACCAAUCACGCCGCUGACACCCGCCAUCACUCGCUAG